AGCAAAUGUCACUUCACUCGCUGCUGUGAAUAGUUGUUUUUAUUCGCGUUUUAUUUUCUUUUUUACGAAAGUAAUUGUAAUUUAUUUCAAGUGCUUUUAGUUUACCACAUAGUAUAGAGCCAGAUAAGUUAGAUAGUGCUUAAAAAAGUUAGUUAGUGUAGUUUGUGGUAACAUUUUCUUGCACGCGUUUUCACGCAUCGCUCGUCACAAUGGAAAACCUUGAUCAGGGCAAUAAUAAUAAAAACGUGUCUUUGAGUUUGAUCGCGGAAUAUGGGGCUUCUGAUUCGGAUUCGGACGAUACUGAGUCACAUUCCAAUGAUAAUACUGGUAAUGAGGAUUCGGACGCUGCGGAGUUGAGUGAGAUGGUGUUGAAGAAUAACAUAAUAAAUGCUUGUGCCCACGGCCCGCUGGCGAGGUCCACGGACGCAGAGACGACCAGACACAUGAUUAUAGACAGUGCGGAGAGCGGCGUGGUGGAGUAUGAUGUGACUGAAUAUAGGGAUGAAGACAGCGAGUCCGACUCCAGCGACAGCGACGUCGACUCGGUCAAGGAUAUCGAAGAAAUAUCCAGCGGUGAAGAGGAAAGUAGUAAAUCCAGCAAGGCCGAGCCUCCAAAGGUGCACGGAGAGCUGGGGCUAGAUGACCUGCCUCCCAUUGAAGACCUGGCCAUUAGUCUGCCCGAGCAGGAGACAACCAAGAUUGGAACAGUUGCCAGUAUUGUUGAUAGACUAGUGAUUGUACGGGCGUUUCCUAACACCCCUGCGGUGGAUCUGGAGAGUGUUCUCUUCGUGGACAGCGGGGCGAAGGCGCUAGGGAAGGUGUUCGAUGUGUUUGGACCUGUGACGGAGCCGCACUACUGCGUGCGCUUCAACUCGGCGGAGCACGUGCGCGCCCGCGGCGUGGAGGUGGGCGUCGACGUGUACAUCGCGCCACGACACGACGCUCACACCAACUACGUCUUCCUCACUGAACUCAUGAAACUGAAAGGUUCAGACGCGUCCUGGCUACAUGAUAUAGAGGCGCCGCCGCAACACAUAGACUUCUCGGACGACGAGGAGGAACGCAAAGCCAACAGAGCCAAGAGAGAGGCGCAGUGGCAGAAGCAGGAGGAGUCUGACGGGGAGACCUCCAAGAACCCCGCCCGCAAGACCCAGGAGACCCGACGUAGCCAGAGACCUUCGGAGUCCAGCAGCAGGUUCGGCAGCGGACCCAGCCGGGCUAGGAACCCGUUCUCCGCGGGUUCCAGACGAAACCCCAACUCAUUCACGAGGUUCAACCGCCCCUGGGGCAACUUCGAUAUGAGGACCCCGCCGCCUCAUCCAGACCCCUUCUCCGCGCCGCCCAACUUCAAUGGACCCCCGAUGUUCCCCCCUCCAUUCAAUCCGAAUACCCCUCCCCCCUUUAUGGGAAAUACAUUCCAAUUCGGUGGGAACCCACGCAUGGGCCCGAUGCCGCCCAACAUGCCACCUUUCAGACAAAGCGUCCCGAUAUUUGGUUCCAACUUCUGCAACGGCCAGCCCCCCCAGUGGGUCAACAACGGCCCCCCACCCCCUCCAGGGACCUAACUAACGCACAUAUGAUAGUUACUAUCGUUUAAGAUUUAUCUCAUAAUAUUAGUCUACUAUAGUUAGAACCGUAAUUGUCUAACAAUACUAAAGUGUGGUUAUCCAAAAAUAAAUCUAUAUUUAUAUGGAAUAAAUGAAAUUACUUAUAGUACAA